AUGGAGGACGUGUGUGAGCGCUUUCCAAAGAGACAUUGCAUCCGAGGAUGGGAACGUCUCGACGAGGAUCGCUGUAUGAGAAUCUUUUGGGCUAAAAGAGACUUUGACGGCGCCAAGGAGUACUGCAGGAGAUUCGGAGGCACCCUGCUGUCGCUUCACAACUCGGUUCAGAUGCAGCGAGUGUCUUGUCUUGUUUGGCGCAGAAAGUUUUCGGACUCCAAAAUUUGGAUCGGAACCAGACAAAACUACAGAGGGGGUCGGUUCCAUAAUGUCGAUGGGACUCCUAUGGACUACGCUAACUGGUACCCCGAGCAGAGAAGUUCACGAUCGAGACACUGCGUUGAAUCCAACUACAAGGUGUGGGGCGCUUGGCGUAACACAGACUGCGAUAAAGAGAAGCACUUUGUGUGCACCAGGAUGCUGUGA